CAGAUGAUUAAAAAAAAACUGGAAUUCUGUCAAUUCUGCUGUGAAAUGAUUCUCCUUUUAUCUCCUAAGAUGUCGGUCUAUGGGAUGAGAGCACAAUAGCCAACAUGCGUCAGUCUCUGCCUCGGCCUCACACAGAGGUGACGUGUAUUGAAGGAGACUCCCUACAGGACAGAUUCGGGGCUCUGGAUGUUUCCAUUUCUCUAAGGGCCAGUGUCCUGUCUGGGCUGGUGCAGGUUGGUGGUGCUGCUGAAUACCUGAACCAUCCCGUUCAGUCCAAAAACAAGGACCGGGUCACUCUACAGUACAGAACCACUACCAGGCCGGACAUGCUCAGGUCACAGGCCGAUAUGCACAGUGUUAUCAAGAAGAUGGCUUCCUCCUUCAGUGCAGAUCAUAUGUUAUCCAGCUUGAGUGACAAUGAGAAAAUAAACAGUUUGUUGUAUCAGUGUACACUCCACAGUGACGUAGACCAUAUCAAUGGCUCCAUGACUUAUGGCCAAGCAGUACAAGCUCUUGAAACUCUCCCGAAGCACCUUGGACAACAGGGAGAGAAAGCAGUGCCUCUGUACGCAUGGCUCUAUCCUCUGAGGAAUCUGGACACUUCAAUUCAGAUCACUCAAGGCUUUCUCUCCGAGGCCGAGGACGUGGUGGAGCAUCUGAGGCAGGUCACCAUGAGAUGCCAGGACACGAUGACAUUAUUACACGUCAACGAUGACGUGAUGAAAUGGUUCCCCAGUGUGAAGGAAAAAUUUGCAGAAUUUUCUGAGCUGCUGCAGACGUACCAGUCCGAGUUUAAGAGAGGGCUGGCUAUGGCAGUAAAGACCGUGAGAGAGAGUGAAGAGAUGGAUGAAAAGAGCCUGAGAGACAUUCUCCAGAACCAUGACCAAUCACCAUUCUGUUCUCAGCACACACAUCAGUGGCUUAACAACAAAGAGGAGGAGAUAAAGGCUCUGCUUAUCUGCAAAGAAAAAAACAUCCCCAUUGUAAAGAAGGUCCAGCAGAAAGCGAACAACAUCCCCACGGGGAGGGAGGUCCAGGAGAAAGCGAACAACAUCCCCACGGGGAGGGAGGUCCAGCAGAAAGCGAACAACAUCCCCACGGGGAGGGAGGUCCAGGAGAAAGCGAACAACAUCCCCACGGGGAGGGAGGUCCAGCAGAAAGCGAACAACAUCCCCACGGGGAGGGAGGUCCAGGAGAAAGCGAACAACAUCCCCACGGGGAGGGAGGUCCAGCAGAAAGCGAACAACAUCCCCACGGGGAGGGAGGUCCAGCAGAAAGCGAACAACAUCCCCACGGGGAGGGAGGUCCAGCAGAAAGCGAACAACAUCCCCACGGGGAGGGAGGUCCAGCAGAAAGCGAACAACAUCCCCACGGGGAGGGAGGUCCAGCAGAAAGCGAACAACAUCCCCACGGGGAGGGAGGUCCAGGAGAAAGCGAACAACAUCCCCACAGGUAGGGAGGUGCCGACCCCAAACAGGACGCUGUGCUUCACGCUCACCUCACUGGGGGGUGAAGAUCCAUACCUUUCAACCAUGAAGCAAUACAUACAUUCUGCACUAGAGACCACCACAAACCAAUCAGGGAUCACCAGACAGCAGCAGACACAGCAUGCCUUCAAGCCUCCAGAUUUAACUGAAAAAAUACAGUCUGACCUCCACUUGUUCACCACAUCAAAUGAAGACAGAAGAGAUGGAGAGAAAUUCAAUUUUCUUGUUGCAGUUCUACCAGAUGUCACCUUUCCUGGAUCCCGCAUUGGUCUGUAUCAAAAUGGUCGUCUUAUCGGCCGCAAUUUCAAGCUUGGAUCAAAGCCAAAUCCAGCCGAAAUAACACAGAUAAAACAGAACAGCUUCGGUCUGAAAUUUCCUCAGUCAAAGGUCAUGAGUCCUGUGAAGUACGGAAUAGAGUAUACCGCAGAAAGUGAUGUUCAAUGGACUGUUGGAUAUUUACCAUCUGGUCCUGGAUCUGUGGGUCCUGACCAGUGUAACACUUGUAAGUUGCCCGGUUUGAAACCUGACACUAAAUACCAGGUUAGAUACAGUGCUGUGGACAGCUCCGGUAUGAGUGACUUCAGCACGGUCACCAUGGUAAAGACAAACCCAAGGUCCACACCUGGACAGCCCUGUGUGAAACUGGUGGACGGAGAAGACGUCAGAGUCACAUGGCGGAUGGCGGAAGAGGAAGAUGGUGGUCCCGUGCUACGUUAUGCCGUGGAGUUACAUUUACAUUACAUUUAA